AUGAAAGAAAAAAUAUGGUUGGUUUUCGGAGAUUUUGGAUUCAAUCACUUCCUUGCAUUAACUUGGGCUUCAUUCUGGGCAACUCUUUUCACCUUACCUUUGGAUAAUGUCCAAACCAGAGUUCUUAAGGCUUUCCCAGAUCCCUCUAAAAAUAGAUUAAAUUACUAAAAUUAUUUGGAUGUCUUUAAGCAAAUCUUCUUCUAUGAAAGAAUCCAUGGGUUUUAUGCAGGUGCUGUCCCCUACUAUGGCAAAAUGUUCUUAACUGCUUGGUUAACAUGCACCUUAGUCAAUGGAGUCAUGGACAGUCAAAAGAGAGCUGCAGGAUUGGAAGAAUGGCAAAUUUGAUUAAAUAUAAAUCAAACACAAUUAUCAUAAUAAUUCUUCUUAGUUA